AUGAUCGUCCCUAAACCCCCCGUGAAAUUAGAGGGCCACUGCUCAGUCAUCUACGACAACACCCUCUACACCUACUCCGCCAAUGGAUUCGCUUCCAUUCCUCUCGAGCAAGAUGCUACCUGGAGCAACAUGACCAUGGGAGAGCCCGUCUCCAAUGCCGCAUGUAUCACCGGCGCAGUGGACGAUACUGACAAAACGGCCAUGUAUGUGAUCGGCGGUACAGGGUCCUCAUCUGACUACACCGGAUUGCAAAGAUACUCUUUCCAAGAUAAAGAAUGGAAAACCAUUGAGCCCCCCACAGAUAACCUGUCGAAUCGGACCGGUCAUGGUGUUGCUUACCUCAAGUCAACCUCGUCAAUUUUCAUCUAUGGAGGAUCGCAGAAAGACAGUUCAGUCGCUAGCUCAGAGAACUUUAUCCUCAAGACCGUCGCACCCUACAACCUUAUGAGUUCUUCUACCGACGGAGUUCCACCGGCGACAUCACCCGUGUUGUUGCCAUGGAGCGACAAUCAAGUGGCCCUGCUAAGGGGAGCGACAGAACCGAAUUCGAUCCAUCUUUUCGAUUAUUCCAAUGCCGCUGAUACCUCAGGUACCUGGGAGAAAUCAAACGCAACUCUUGCCCAUCCCAUUGCUGAUAACAUCCAAUGCGCAAUGUUCAUGGGCUCCAAUGGAAGCAAGGUACUCGAGUCUUUCGACUUGAAUGUAUCGCCCAACACAGUGACCAGCUCGGUUUUGCUGGACUCCAACGGUGAGGCGGCGCCCGCAGGGCAAACCGCCGGCUCUUCCAAGAGAGACUCCCUGGAUGACUACCCGAAAUAUGACAGCUCCCUCGCAUCGACAACUACCAGGUCACAGUACUCACUGGCUCAAGGAGAUGACGGCCUUGUGGUCCUCUCCAGUGGCAGUGGUACCGACUCCUUGUCCAUCUUCAACCAAACAUCCAACGGUUGGGUAAAUGCUACCAAACUUUUCUAUGGCGACAAAUCUCAGCAGCAGAUUCUUCCAUCAGCAUCCCCUUCCGCUUCAGCCACCCCGACCGGAUCCUCCACUGCCGCACCUGCUGCUGGCAAUGACAAUGACAGCAGUAAUGUGGGUACCAUUAUUGGCGCGACCCUGGGAAGUGUUGUGGGGGCGGCAGCCAUUUUGUUAAUCCUUCUGUUCAUCUUGAAAAAGAAGAAGGACAACAAGAAGCGCGCCGCCGCACAAGCCCAAGGCGGAUCGAACGACAAAGGGGGGCGACUGAGCUUCCAAGAUCAAGGCAUCGAGCCCCUCACCCAAUCCGCGUAUCCCAUGGCGAAGAGUCCUGUUCCAAUGGCAGCAUCCUCAGUCGACUCCUUGGCAAUCUUCUCGGGCAAGGCGGGCAAGGAAUCGUCGGGUGCUAACCCUGUCGUUGCGCAAAAAUCAACUCAGCCAAAGCCAAGUCCUUUGACAACUAUCCAAUCCAGUGGAGAGGUCACUGCCGCUAGCCCAUAUGAGGCGGACAAGUCGUUUGAAACGGAGGAUGCAAUCGGAGGCCAACCCGGUGACCGAAGAACCAACGAAGGUUGGAGCAAAUAUUUCCAGGAUAACAACACCACCGACCUGGUGGGAAUGGAGCCAGAACCCUCAAACUCACGUGAAAUCUCCAAAUCCGAGGCUCGCCAAAGCGCAUGGCCGAUGACGAACCUGACACCCUUGAACUUUGGGUUCCUUGACGAGCCUAAGCCUCUGGGACAGGUCUUCAGUGGCAGCCCGACUACCGAGCAUGCCAACCCAAUGGACGGCCGAGGUCUUGUGAUUCCCGAAGGCCAGUCAGCGCGGAUAUCUAGCGCCGACUCGCUCAGUGUCGCUUCGGAUAAAAGAUAUUCUCAAGCCCGCGACUCUGAGUACCGCGACUCUCAGUGGACGACAGGACCCGGACACAGCAGCUGGCUCGGCCGCCCUACAAGCAGCACAUACAGUGAAAGCCUUUACAACCCCAGCGUGAGGGAUUCACACCUGCCCCUCGGACACGAGUUCAGAAUCAAUGAUCCCGCACGUGCCAAUGCGCGGAGAUCCAGCGCCCUGAUACCCGAGACUCUCGACGAGCGACCACGGCACAGUGUCAACGGGGAUAUGAGCUGGCUUAACCUGAAUUCCGAGCGAUAA